AUGGCAUCUUCGGUUCCCGGCCCUUUUCCACUUCCGGACUCGAAAUUCGACCUCUCUACAUACUGGGGAAGAGUGCGUCACUGUUCUGAAAUCAGUGAUCCGUUCAUGCUUUUAACCACUGAAAACCAGCUCAAAAAUGCACGCAAAAUCGUCUCCAGCUACCGUCGCGGUGAACUCAAAGAUCCCUCUCCCGAAUUUUGGCAUGCAAAGAAACAACUGGAUUCCACAGUACACCCAGACACCGGAGAAACAGUGUUACUCCCUUUCCGUAUGUCUUGCUGUGUCUUGUCGAAUUUGGUCGUCACCGCUGGUAUGCUAACACCAGGAUUGGGCAUUGCUGGUACUGUUUUCUGGCAAUGGGCCAAUCAGUCGCUAAACGUGGCUAUCAACUCUGCAAAUGCCAAUAAAUCGCAUCCUAUGUCAAAUUCCCAAUUGGCGACCAACUACGCCAUGGCUGUGACUGCAUCUUGUGGUGUAGCCGUUGGUCUCAACAAAAUAGUGCCUCGUCUGCAAAACAUUUCUGCCAAUUCCAGAUUGGUCCUAGGUAGAUUGGUGCCAUUCGCUGCCGUGGUCAGUGCUGGUGUCAUCAAUGUGUUUUUGAUGAGAGGAAGUGAGAUCCAGAAGGGUAUUUCUGUCUACGACAAGAAUGGUGAUGAGGUAGGUACGUCCAAAAAGGCCGCUUUCCUGGCUGUUGGCGAAACAGCUCUCAGCAGAGUCAUAAAUGCCACGCCAAUCAUGGUUUUGCCACCGCUUUUACUGGUGAGGCUCCAAAAAGGUGUCUUGAAGGGCAAAUCUUUAACCGUUCAAACCCUCGCAAAUUUGGGUUUGAUUCUAGGUACGUCUUUGGCAGCUCUACCAUUUGCAUUGGGCGUUUUCCCACAAUACCAAAGAAUUGAUGUUCACAAACUAGAGGACCAUUUGAAAAACCAGAAAGACCAACAUGGUGAUACCAUCAAACAAGUCUGGUUCAACAGAGGCAUUUAA